UAGGUCCACACCCGGGAUCCCCACCGGUGAACGCUGGGCCUCCGAAGCGGAACGUGUGAACUUGUGAACUUAACCACUGUGCCACAGGGCUGGCCUCCUUUUUUUUUAAAUUGAUGAACCCGGGGCUUCCCUGACGGGCAGGGCCAGAUCAAGCAGGCUGUAGCUUGACCCAAGAAAUGAAAACAGCUGGGUUCCAAAAGACACCUAGGUUUCCAGCUCAGAAACAGAAACUUUGCUUCUGUUUCCAGUCCUUACUCCCUGCUGUGUCUGCCCCCAGCAGCAGUGGCCUCCUCUUUACUUGUUAGAAAAUGAACAUAAGUUUAGGAUACUCUCAGUGCCGGGUGCUGUGCUAGACACUUUCACAUACAUUUUCUCUUGAAAUCUUCCCAACAACCCUAUCAAGUAGGCAUUAGCCCCACUUCACAAAUGGUGAAACUGAGACUCAGAGAUGUUCAGUCUUGCCCAAGGCCACACAGCUGGAAUUAGAACCCAGGUGUCUGACUCCAAAGCCCGUGAUCUUUCCACUUCAUAGGACAGUUCAUCAGGUGCCUGCUUUCCCACUCCUUCCACUGCACCCUGUCUCUCCCACAUACACCAUCUCUGACUCUCCUCCCAGCCGGUAUCCAGGUUGGCCUGACCCAGGAGAUGACAGCUACUCUCCUGGCCAACCCCAUGCCCCCUGGGAUUUCUGCUCCUUCAACACCCAGCCCAAGGGCCCUCUCCUCCCCCACCGACUCCAUGGCCCCUGUAACAGACUGCCUCGCAGCACGGAGCACACUGGCCUGGUAUUCAGAGGUGCUGAAUUAAUACCUGCUGCCUGUUGUCUCUUGUUUAUUUGCCUCUCUCCUGUCUUAUGCACUGUCACUGCGACCUGCUCUUAUGCAUCUAGAUGUCCCCAGCGCCCAGCUCUGAGCCAGGCACAUAAAAUGUGAAGGAACUGGUAGAACGAACUAAGAGUCUCUGGAUGGCUCAGGGAACUCGCCCCCGGACAGGGUGCCAAAAGGCGGGCUGCUCCAGGCCGCCGAGGACAGGAUGGACAGACGGCUGCGGCGAGCGCAUCAGUGCCCAGCAGGUGGCGCCGCAGACCCGAGGCCCGGGCCCUCCGGGCGCGUCGACGGACGCGGCGCGCGGUCACGCAGCCCUCCUCCUUCCGCCCCGGUGGCGCGCUCGGCCUGCCUGUGCACAGCCUGGCGCCCCGGGCGCGGCUCGGCCUCGGGCGCUGCCUCGUGCCGCCGGUCGCCCCCCGCCGCAGUGGGCGCCAUGGCGCUGCCCGGGGCCCGGGCCCGCGGCUGGGCGGCAGCGGCCAAGAUGGCCCAGAGGCGCCGCCGCGCGGAGGGCGCAUCCCCGAGCCGUGCACCCCGGAGCCAGCGCGCGGCGCUGUACGUCCACUGGCCGUACUGUGAGAAGCGCUGCUCUUACUGCAACUUCAACAAGUACAUCCCCCGCGGCGUGGAGGAGGCGGCUAUGCGGAGCUGUCUGGUGACCGAGGCUCAGACGCUGCUGCAGCUCAGCGGGGUGCGGCGGGUGGACUCUGUGUUCUUUGGUGGGGGCACCCCCAGUCUGGCCAGUCCCCACACUGUGGCUGCUGUGCUGGAGGCAGUGGCCCAGGCAGCCCACCUGCCUGCAGACUCAGAAGUCACAUUGGAGGUCAACCCGACUUCGGCCCCAGGCUCCAGGCUGGCAGCCUUUGGGGCAGCAGGAGUCAACAGGUUGUCCAUUGGCCUCCAGUCCUUGGAUGACACUGAGCUCCGGCUGCUGGGGCGGACACACUCGGCCAACGAUGCUCUGCGGACGCUGGCGGAGGCCCGGCACCUCUUCCCCGGGCGUGUGUCUGUGGACCUGAUGCUGGGGCUGCCGGCGCAGCAGGUGGGGCCGUGGCUUGGGCAGCUGCAGGAACUGCUUCGCCACUGUGACGACCACAUCUCCCUCUACCAGCUGUCCCUGGAGCGGGGCACCGCACUCUUCACCCAGGUGCAGCCGGGCGCCCUUCCUGCCCCUGACCCCGAGCUGGCUGCUGAGAUGUACCAGGAGGGACGGGCAGUCCUUCGGGAGGCUGGCUUCCGCCAGUACGAGGUCUCCAACUUUGCCCGGAAUGGGGCGCUGAGCACCCACAAUUGGACUUACUGGCAGUGCGGGCAGUACCUUGGCGUCGGGCCUGGGGCCCAUGGGCGAUUUAUGCCCCAGGGGGUCGGAGGCCACAUCCAGGAGGCUCGGAUCCAGACCUUGGAGCCUGACAACUGGAUGAAGGAAGUGAUGCUGUUUGGUCAUGGCACCCGGAAGCGUGUCCCCCUGGGCGAGCUGGAGCUGCUGGAGGAAGUUUUGGCCAUGGGGCUACGCACAGACGUGGGGAUCACUCACCAACACUGGCAGCAGUUUGAGCCCCAGCUGACCCUUUGGGACGUGUUUGGAGCAAGCACGGAGGUGAAGGUGCUGCUGGAGCAGGGCCUCUUGCUGCUGGAUCACAGGGGCCUUCGGUGUUCCUGGGAGGGUCUGGCUGUGCUGGACUCUCUGUUGCUGACCCUUCUUCCUCGACUCCAAGAGUCCUGGCUGCAGAGCACCUCCUCCCCUGUGCCUGGAGGAUGACCCAAUGUUCCUGUAUCCCGGGACAACACCAGUUCUGGAGGUCAGAAGUCUGAAAUGGCUAAAAUCAAGGUGUCAGCAGAGCUGUGUUCCCCCGGGGGCUCCAGGAAAGAAGCCAUUCCUUGCCUUUUCCAGCUUCUAAAAGUUGCGGCAUUUCUUGACUCAUGGCCACAUCACUCUGACCUCUGCUUCCAUCAUCACAUCUCCUGCUCUGACUCUGACCCUCCUGCCUCCCUCUUAUAAGGAGCCAGUGAUUACAGUGGGUUCAUCUGGAGAAUUCAGGAUAAUCUCCCCUUCGCAACAUCCUUAAUCACAUCUGCAAAGUUCUUGUUGCCUUGUAAAGUAACAAAUUCACAGCUUCUGGCGAUGAUGAUGUGGACGUCUUUGGGGAGCCAUUAUUCUGCCUGCCACACUGUCUAAGAGAGAAAUUAUCUAGUGGAUUUGAGUGUUCUGAGCGUCAACUAUAAUCCCUUUCUCUGUUCAGUUUUCAGAGUACUCACUUUUUUUUGCUCCUCACAUUGAUCCUGGGAAGUCGAUUAUGCGGUAUUGAGCCCAUUCUGUAAGGGAAGUAGAUGAGACUCAGAAGGGAGCAUAGUGUCUGGUCACACAGCUAGAGAGACUUGGGCCCGGGGCUUUUCAUUCAGCACCCCUUGCCCCUGCUCCCACCACACACACACACAGCCCACCCCUUAGUUCCUGGCCAUGUGCCACUGGAACAGGGUUGUCACUGGUGGAGUGGGGCAAUUCCUCAGGUUCCCCCGCCACUCACACAAUCUAGAGCAAGAAGCCCCCAAGGUGGGCCAGUUCCCUCGGGCCUAAUUCUGACCUCAGCAAACAGCCUUCUGACCAGGACAAGGAGGGAGGGAGGGAGAGAAGGAGAGAUGGAGAUGCAGACAGAGAGCCUUCCUUUUGGUGGAGAACCUUGGCACAGAGCCCCAGAAUUCAAUGUCCAUCCAUCUUGGUACGUCCUCCACAGCAGCCCAGGCAGAUGGUCCCAGGACCUGUGCGGGAACUCCUGCACCAGGAGGGAGCUCUGAUUCUUAGAAAAGUCAUAUAGCAAAUCUCACAGGAAUGUGUCGCUGCAGUUGAUGGUUUUGCCUUUAAGCACUGCUGCACAGGAGGAGCCGGGCUCUCUCCCUGCCCCACAGAUACUGGAAGGCAGCCCCGUGAACCCACUGGUGCUUCUUCAGGCUUCCCCCACCCCUAUCCAUUACUGAUGGCCCACGUGUGCCAGACAUUAUUCCAGGAACUAGGACCCAGCUGUGAAUCUGACAGGCAAUGCCCUUGCUCCCCUGGAACUUACACUUUAGUGGGGGCAGACAGAUAGACAGACCAUCCAGAAAUGUGGGGUAAGGAUUCUGAGGGUAGCAAAUCAGGACAAGACUGGCCCUGUCCCCACUCUCAAGAGGAGGGAGAUGGCCUAGGAAGGGGCCAC